AUCAACAAUUGGGGACAUUAGAGUUGGCCUGUUUUUGUUCAAGUCAAACCUGGCCAUCUCUUGUAUGUCUCUCGUCUAUACAUGAGCAAAGCAAUUUGGCUCAAAAGCUGAACCUCCGUUCCCUUAUUUCCUGGGCUUUGCUUCGUAUUCUUUUGUGACAAGUGCGAUAAUCAAUGGAUGGUGCUUCACAUGAAUCGCAUCAAUCAAAACAUGUGAAAAACGAGGGAGAAAUAGUAGAGCAACAAGUAGUUAACAAUAUGAUUGCAGCCGACCCGUCUUCUUCACAGUCACAGGCGAUUACCUAUCAGCCACCACAGGUUUCUGAUACGCAGAAGAAUUGCGACCAAGAGAAAUUGAGGAUUACAGGGAAUAAGCGACAAGCUUCCACUGAAAUGGGGGAGUUCACUGGAGGUGAGUAUAUAACCGUUGGUGAAUUUCCUUCCUCUACGGCAAAUCAAGCGAAGAAAGUUUCAGUUAUUCCUCUCGUGUUUCUCAUCUUCUAUGAGGUUUCUGGAGGGCCUUUUGGAGUGGAGGAUACCGUGCAGGCAGCUGGUCCUCUUUUAGCCUUGCUUGGAUUCUUGCUUUUCCCAUUGAUAUGGAGUGUUCCCGAAGCUUUGAUUACUGCUGAGAUGGGUACCAUGUUCCCUGAAAACUCUGGUUAUGUGGUUUGGGUUUCCUCUGCAUUGGGUCCCUAUUGGGGUUUUCAGCAAGGUUGGAUGAAAUGGCUCAGUGGGGUGAUAGACAAUGCUUUAUACCCAGUUCUAUUUCUUGACUAUCUGAAGUCAGGAAUUCCUGCUCUAGGUGGUGGCUUACCUAGAGUUGUUGCAACAUGGGGUCUCACAAUAGUUCUCACUUACUUGAACUACAGAGGCUUAACUAUUGUGGGAUGGGUUGCUGUUUGUUUAGGGAUUUUCUCACUCCUUCCUUUUGUUGUUAUGGGGUUCUGGUCAAUUCCAGACAUAAAGCCUUCAAGAUGGUCUGUGGUAAAUGUGCAUGAUAUUGACUGGAAUUUAUAUUUGAAUACUUUAUUUUGGAAUCUUAACUACUGGGACUCCAUAAGUACUCUUGCUGGAGAAGUGGAAAAUCCAAAGAAAACUCUUCCAAAAGCUUUGUUCUAUGCUGUGAUCUUAGUAGUUCUAGGAUACUUCUUUCCUCUUCUAAUUGGUACCGGUGCCGUUCCCUUCCAUCGCGAGUUGUGGACUGAUGGGUACUUCUCGGAUAUUGCUAUGAUCAUCGGAGGAGCAUGGUUGAGAUGGUGGCUUCAGGCUGCUGCUGCAAUGUCAAAUAUGGGAAUGUUCGUUGCUGAAAUGAGCAGUGACUCUUUCCAGCUUCUAGGGAUGGCUGAGAGGGGAAUGUUGCCUGAGUUCUUUAACAAGAGGUCUCGCCACGGAACCCCUCUUAUAGGAAUACUCUUUUCAGCCUCUGGCGUAAUUUUACUAUCAUGGUUGAGCUUUCAAGAAAUUGUAGCUGCAGAAAAUUUCUUGUACUGUUUUGGAAUGAUUUUGGAGUUUAUUGCAUUCAUUCUGUUGAGGAUCAGACACCCGAACGCACCUCGGCCUUACAAGAUACCAGGGGGAACUGCAGGAGCAAUUGUUAUGUGUAUCCCUCCUACAAUAUUGAUUUGUGUGGUAUUGUAUUUCUCCUCACUUAAAGUGAUGGCUAUAAGCCUCAUAGCUAUCGCAAUUGGCCUUGUGAUGCAGCCUUGUCUCAAAUUUGUUGAGAAAAAGAGAUGGUUGAAGUUCUCCCAUAGUUCUGAGCUACCUGAUCUUGACAAUCGUGAGGACACUCGCACUUUGGUGUCUUAGUGUGUCCUUUUCAAUGUUGAUUUUAUAGUGGGGAGAGGAUUUGCUCUUCUAGGUUCCACUUCUCUGAACCCAACCGCAUAGAAAGGCAGCUUUCUAUCCUCCGCUUGUGUGGGGAUUCAGCUGUUUAUCUGUUUUUGUAGUUUGAUCAGUAGAUGGGAUGAGAAUUAGAAGAUGUAUUUAGAAUGUCUUCCGAAAUAAAUUUACUUGGUUAAGAAGUUAAUUCUCUUAUCAAUUUACAAGAAAGGAAAAAGACAUUUUAAUUUUAAAUUGUUAGGAUUUCCAAAAUGUAUGUCUGUUUUUUUAGCUAAUGGAUUUCAUAAAUGUAUG